UGUCAUCUUGGGGGGAGAGAUAGCUCCUCUGUACCAGAAAGACUUUGCCAGUUUUUGAAGGUUAAAUAAAUAUAAAUAUUAUUUCAAUUCACGCAUUCGACGCUGCCUUCCUUCCGACACACCCUCCUCCCCUCUCCUCUCCGUCGCUUGAGCUGGAACCGUAUUCUUCACUCAUCUCCAACUCACUCUUUCACUCACUCAUGGCGCGACUGAUUCAACUCACCAUCCUUUUCAUUCAAUUUUAUUAUUAUUAUUACAUCACCACCACCGCACACGGCGUCUCUUCCAAUGGAACCACCUUCCUCCUCGACAGUUCCCGCUCUGCCAUGAUAUUACCACUCUUUCUAUCUCCUCCAAAUCUGUGUACAAAAUUCUCCAGUACGCGUCGCCUUCUCCAGAGAUCCAAUGCUAAUGCUCCGCCCAAUGCGCGCAUGAGACUCCACGAUGAUCUCCUUAUCAACGGGUAUUAUACAACAAGGCUAUGGAUCGGGACGCCGCCACAGAGAUUUGCGCUGAUUGUUGAUACAGGCAGUAGUGUUACUUACGUUCCAUGUUCUUCUUGUGAGCAGUGCGGCAGGCACCAGGAUCCAAAGUUUCAACCAGAUUUGUCAAGCACUUACCAAUCUGUAAAGUGUAAUAUAGAUUGCAAUUGCGACGAUGAAAAGCAACAAUGUGUUUAUGAGAGACAAUAUGCUGAAAUGAGUACUAGCAGUGGCGUUCUUGGUGAGGACAUCAUAUCCUUUGGCAAUCUAAGUGCACUUGCUCCUCAACGUGCUGUUUUUGGUUGUGAAAAUAUGGAAACUGGUGACCUUUACAGUCAGCAUGCUGAUGGCAUAAUGGGACUGGGUCGUGGGGAUCUUAGUAUUGUGGAUCAUCUUGUUGAUAAAGGUGUGAUUAACGAUUCAUUCUCAUUAUGUUAUGGUGGAAUGGGAAUUGGUGGAGGUGCGAUGGUUCUUGGUGGUAUAUCGCCCCCUUCAAACAUGGUUUUUAGCCAGUCUGACCCAGUGCGCAGUCCAUAUUACAACAUUGAUCUGAAGGAGAUACAUGUUGCGGGAAAGCCAUUGCCUCUAAAUCCUACAGUGUUUGAUGGAAAACAUGGAACUAUCCUGGAUAGUGGUACAACAUAUGCUUACCUACCAGAAGCAGCUUUCGUGUCAUUUAAGGAUGCUAUUAUGAAGGAGCUUCAUUCCUUAAAGCCCAUCCGUGGGCCUGAUCCAAAUUAUAAUGACAUUUGCUUUUCUGGUGCUGGAAGUGAUAUUUCCCAACUGUCAAGCUCCUUUCCAGUGGUUGAGAUGGUAUUUGGAAAUGGGCAGAAGUUGUUACUGUCACCAGAAAAUUAUUUAUUCCGACAUUCAAAAGUGCAUGGUGCAUAUUGUUUGGGUAUAUUCCAAAAUGGAAAGGACCCAACCACUCUUCUAGGAGGAAUUGUUGUCCGGAAUACUCUUGUCUUGUAUGAUCGUGAAAAUUCAAAGAUUGGUUUUUGGAAGACUAAUUGUUCAGAAUUAUGGGAAAGACUUAAUGUAGAUGGUGCACCACCCCCAGCACCUUCAUCUUCAAAUGGAAAUAACUCAAAUACAGAAAUGCCACCUUCCAUGGCACCUAGUGACCAAAAACAUUAUGGUCUUCCAGAUGAAAAGAAAAUUGGACAAAUAACUUUUGAAAUGAUGUUGAAUGUCAACUACUCAGACCUGAAGCUUCACAUUUCAGAACUUGCUGAAUCCAUUGCUCAGGAGUUAGGCAUUAACAGUUCACAGGUCUAUAUUCUGAAUUCUAUGGAAAAAGGAAAUGCUUCGUACAUUGAAUGGGCUGUAGUCCCUUCCGAAUCUGCUGACUGCAUUUCCAAUGUCACUGCUCUUAGCAUGAUUGCCCGUGUUGCUGAAUCCCACAUGCACCUUCCUGAUACAUUUGGAAGUUAUCAUUUGAUUAACUGGGAAAUCAAGGCUUCAGCAAAACGGACCUGGUGGCAGCAACAUUUUCUGCUGGUGGUUUUAGCCAUUGCUGUUACGUUUAUUUUUGGAUUAUUAGCUUUUGGAAUAUGGUUUAUAUGGAGACACAGACAACGAGCAUUGAAUCCAUACAAACCAGUUGAUGCAGUAGUUACUGAGCAAGAACUGCAGCCGUUGUAGGCUUCUCGAGGGUUCAAUGAAUUAUUUCAUUUAUGUUGCUGUAAACAUUGUGAUCUUAUCAUAUUAUGCAGGACCUGGUGGCAGCAACAUUUUCUGCUGGUGGUUUUAGCCAUUGCUGUUACGUUUAUUUUUGGAUUAUUAGCUUUUGGAAUAUGGUUUAUAUGGAGACACAGACAACGAGCAUUGAAUCCAUACAAACCAGUUGAUGCAGUAGUUACUGAGCAAGAACUGCAGCCGUUGUAGGCUUCUCGAGGGUUCAAUGAAUUAUUUCAUUUAUGUUGCUGUAAACAUUGUGAUCUUAUCAUAUUAUGCAGGACCUGGUGGCAGCAACAUUUUCUGCUGGUGGUUUUAGCCAUUGCUGUUACGUUUAUUUUUGGAUUAUUAGCUUUUGGAAUAUGGUUUAUAUGGAGACACAGACAACGAGCAUUGAAUCCAUACAAACCAGUUGAUGCAGUAGUUACUGAGCAAGAACUGCAGCCGUUGUAGGCUUCUCGAGGGUUCAAUGAAUUAUUUCAUUUAUGUUGCAGUGUGUAAGAAUUUUUUUGUUCUUUGAUUCAGAAGCUGUAAAUUCUGCAAUCCGAGUGACCAAAUUUCUCAAGACUUUAUCAAUAUACAAAACAGCCCUAUCAACUGCUUCAUUGUGUUAUUCAGUAAACAGGGCGGUGUCAAAAGAAUAGCUUUCAGUCCAAAUUUUGUAUUUUAAUAGUCAUAACUUCGUAUAUUGAGCAGGGGGAAUUCUUUA